AUGCCUGGUCCUCUCUCUCUGUUCUCCGUCAAUGCGGUCCUAGUCAUGUCCGCUGAAGAUGGCUCCCGAAUCUUCGCCAAGUACUAUUCGGCACCUCACCCCCCGCCGGCGCCGCACCCAACUCAACUGACUACCCCGGAGCAGCGCGCAUUCGAGAAGGGCCUCCUCGAAAAGACCAACAAGUCCGCCAGCGAUGUGAUUCUUUACGACAACCGUAUCGUUGUAUUCAAGAUGGAGAGCGACGUCAUGCUGUACGUUGUUGGAAGCGCGGACGAGAACGAGGUUCUGCUGUACAACGUCGUGCUCUCACUACGGGAUGCUCUGGGAAUUCUAUUCAAGGGCGCAACCGACAAGCGCACAAUCGUCGAGAACUACGACCUUGUCUCUCUGGCCAUUGACGAGACCAUUGACGACGGAAUCAUCCUCGAGACCGAUCCUGUCAUGAUCGCCUCGCGUGUCAGCCGCGCACCAGCCGCAGACGCACCCAACAUGAAGAACAUCGACCUCACGGAACAGGGUCUAAUGAAUGCCUGGGAAUUCGGCAAGCGGCGUCUUGCAGAGGGCUUGCGACAAAUGUGA